AUGCCAGCCUCCUCCGCCAUCCAGCAGUCCCUCAGUCUCCUUCUACCCAGCCACUCGGCGAAACUGCCACCGCAACUAGUCCACCUGUCCGAGUCGCUGCUUGCCCAAUCCCGCCAACGGGCAUCUCAUCUGAAACCCGAGGAAGAAAUCGCCCGAACCUACGCAUGCUGCGAGAUAGCAUGUAAGCGACUCCGGUCGCAAUGUCGCUUGCCCGCCGUCAAGGCCGGGAGUGCGCCGUGCAAGCCGGCAGUGUACAAAAAGCUGGUGACGUUUUUAGAAAGAGUGCUGGAAGAUACGACGAGUACAAGUCAGACGCCGAUCAAGGCAAAAGCGACGCCAACACCCACACCCACACGGGCAAAUACGAGGACGUCAACGGCAAAGGCAAAGGCAAACACCGACAAUAAAACUACAAGUACCGCGGCUACAAAGAAACGGACGGCAAGCGAGGCCGGGCUUGAUGAUGAUUCGGGGUCUGAAGCAGCAGAAAACGAUGAACUCGCCACGCCCUCCAAGAAGCAAAAGACUCCAUCGAGAACUCCAGCCAAGAACCACAAAACUGCAUUUCUCAAGGCGGUUGGAGACAAGAACAAAAAGCCCUCGGAAGACAUCGACUCGGACAGGGCGGCCCCGGCGUUCGUCAUGCCCUCGAUUCGCAAACUGUGCAAAACGUUCAGGACGCCUCUGCUCGCUCCGCACGUCUAUACUGGCACUUGUAUCGUGCUGCAACUUACGGGGUUAUGGCCGCAGGGGAAAGCGCAGGACACAGCAGCAGCAGAUGGUGAUCAUGAUUAUCAUGACGGUCAUGACAAUUCCGAUGGCGGUGCUGGCGAUGCUGGCGAUGCUGGCGAUGCUGAUACAGGUUCUUCGUUCCAAGAGACCGUCACAGGCCUCCUGAUCGCAAUAUACCUAUUGACCCUGACCCGGAUGCAAACGGCCAAGAUGACCACAUCGGUCUACAAAGCGACAUGCUCGAAAAGUGUGCAAGAACUAGGCUACAGCCCCGGCACCGAGGGCGUCGAGGCCUGGAUCCGCAGGAUUAAUCGCGAAGGAUACUGUCGCGGCCAGGAGUGGUGGGCGAGCGUGCCUGAAUCGGUGUUUGACUUUGAGCCCAACAAACGGGUUCCUGCAGAUGCCGAUGCCGUACUCGAUGUUGACAGCGGAGAUGAAGAUGAUGACGAAGAUCGCAUCAUCUCAGCGGCAGCAGCGACCCGCAGACGGCACAGAGCAACGAACGAAGCCGAACAAGAAAAAAACCAUGACGAAGACGAGGAAGAACAAGAAGAUCCUCCGUACAUUUUACUGCCCGGCCUGGCUACGAUGAUGCAACCCGCCGUCGACUUUACGAGCGAUGAGCGAACACGAGAUUUUGAGAUUUGGAAACGUGCCCUUUUGAGGAAGCUGGAUAGACUCGAGAAGGCGGCCUCGAACACUAGACGGUCGACGGGGAGGGCAGUCGGUGCAAGAACAGGAACAGCUACUAGGACUGGCAGGGCCAAAGCCGUGACUGUGGGAUAA